AGCAAAGUAUUAUUUAUAUCGGCAAUUUUGAAAAUCUUCACAAGCGGUUAUAAUUGAAUGAAGAUAUUUUCCUUAUUAUCAAAACUUGAGCAAUUUCAAAUGACUCUCUUUAUUAGCUAGGCAAAUAUCUGUGGAAAGAGCAUUUCUUUCAUUCACAAGUGAAAGAUAGAAAAGUAAAGAAACAAACCUAAGAGUUUGUCAAUACAUGUAAAGUUUGAGUUAGAAUUAUUGCAAAAUAUUUACACUUCAUUUACGAUGGAUAAAAAUGAAGAAAUUAUUGUCGACGCGACUGCGUCUCAAAUUUCACAGGAACAUAACGCAUUACUUGAUUCCCCGAUUCGAGGUCCCACACUGUCAACAAGUACAUCAAGUUUCGAAGCAUUGGAUCCGCAUGAUCCUAAUUUAAGCAAAUUAGCAACAAAAAUGUUUCGAAAAACGGAGGAAUAUAUUAGCAACGAAUUGAAUGCGCCCCUUGAAGACUACAAGUUAUUGGAGGAAAUGAAUAAAGCUACUGUGGCUAAAUAUUCAGAUAUGCAGCAAAUAGCUGAAAACCUCAGUGUGUCUACUAAUGAAUUAAGCAUAAAAUUUCAACUAUUGGUCCCUCUUAUGAAGCAAAUUGAUGAAAUAUCAGAUACAGUGGAUAAGUUGGAAGCUGCCGCUUACAAAUUGGAUGCUUACAGUAUUGCACUUGAAAAUCGGGUAAAAUCAGUACUCCAACGAAAAUCAACAAUACAUUAAAACUUUAUUGUAAUUAAUAUAAAUAUUUAGAUUUAUUAAAGAAAUUAAAGCAAACUAAA